GAAAGAAAAAAGAAAAAGAAAACAGCGAGAGGUAAGACACGUUCUUCGAUGGUAAAUGGAAUGACACGAAGAGAGAAAAAGAGAGAGAGAGAGAGAUAGAUUGAAGAGGCCACUCGGAUACGCGCGUCUCGCGAGCAGGGAGCGUAAUACCGCGUACCUCUGGAAGAGCUGAAGGAAGAAUAACGCGCGAUGAGUUCUCCUGCGUGUUCGUGAGUCUUCGGUUAAGUUCGGGAGCGUUCGGCACCCUCGGCCGCUGUUGCCGCCGUAGCCGCCGUAGCCGCCGCCGCCGCACGAGUCUGCUGACGCGAGACGAACGGCCGCGACGGCUCGGCUCGGGCCGACAGACGCGUCCGCGACACCAAGCAGGAAAGUAUCGUUUUCUCUCCGCGUGCAGAAAGUCUUUCGAACGGCGGUACUGUUCGACCUAUAACUACGGCCUAUCAUAACGUUGCUUCAUUCUAAACCCAAUAUUUUUUUCUUUAUUUCACAUAGAUUUUUUUCCAUACUCCUACGAUAACAAACAUGAUAAUGUGAUUUGAAAACUUUUUUUUUUCGAAAUAAAAUCAGUGGGUAGAAAUAAUAGUGUACUUACGAUUCUAUCAUCGAUACCUAAAGUUAUUUUUGAAAUCUGCGGAUUCAGUGUUUCUUUGUUCUCAGUGAAAGCAGGUGAAUAAAUAAAAAAAGAAGAAGAAGAAGAAGUUAUUUAAGUUAAUUAUUCGUCUUGUUAUGAAACAAUACGUUUUGAAAAUAAUUUCAUAGUGUAUAAUAUUGUUCUUCAAGAGAUUUACUACUCCUUUAAAGAGUUAUAUUCUACAUAGCAGUAUAGGGAUUUUUUACGGUCCUCGUGAUACAUCUACUUUGAUUCGUUCGGCUCGAAGAACGAUCUUCAAAGAAGAGUCGGUUCGAAGAACUUAUUCUUCUACCUAGAGGUUUGGUGUAAGGUGUACGGUGUACGGUGAGAGAGAGAACGCGCGUAGGUCGAAGAUCGACGGCCGACGGUGCGCCGUUGAUAUGCGGAACGUCUCGAACCACCAAGCACCGUGAUUUUCUCGAGAGAAAACUCCUGGAAAAAGCUGGACCAAUGAGAGGUCUGGCAAGAUACACUCUAGGCGAGAGAAGCACGGGAUGGAUCCAUGGGACAAGGUAUACUUCGCUGGACAACUUUGAAAAGGACCGAACGGAGUCUGGAAACGAUCGAGUUUGAUCAUUCAGUCGGAUAACGCAGAUUAACUAUCCUUGUUAAUUUCGUAGAUAUCUUUGAUCGACGUGGAUUCCUCGUAAUAGAUCAUCGUUUGCGUCUAUGAUAAAUCAUCGAUUUUUCUCAAAGAUAAAUAUAUUGGGUGGAUUCGAAAAAAGGAUUAGGGAGAGGCAACUAGCUGAUAGAAAAGUUUAAGUGCUAAAGUGGAUGUGGUGGCCGUGCGACGAAUUGGUGGAAGGUGGUUGUGGACGACACCAACGACGACGACGCCGACGAAAGUGCAAGUGUUCUACUCGUUCCUCUUGCUGUUGUUGUUGUUGUUGUUGUUAUCGUUAUCGUUUUUUCAUUGUUCUCAUUGUUGAGUCCAAGUGGCCGUACUGACGGUGCUCGUCCUCGUCCACGUUUUUACGAUGGUUUCCAAGUCACUUAUGACCCUGGUGUUCCUCGUGUGCCUACAAACGGUUUUACUCUCAACCGUGAGCAACUGCGCGAAGGCGAUCAGCUUGUAUUGGAACACCACGAAUUCGAUAUUUCGAAUAGACAACACGGAUCAUAUAAUAGACGUUAACAAGAAUAACGCGGUGUUCGAGUACGAUCAAGUGAACAUAAUUUGUCCAAUGUAUAAAACGGGCACAUAUGAUACGGAAAAAUACCUCAUUUACAACGUGUCUAAAGAAGAGUACGAGACGUGCCGAAUAACGAACCCGAGUCCUCGGUUAAUAGCAAUUUGCGACAAACCAUACGAGGAUAAGUACUACACGAUCACCUUCAGGCCGUUCACGCCACAACCGGGGGGUCUCGAGUUUCUACCCGGCCACGAUUACUACUUCAUCAGCACCUCGUCCAAGGAAGAUCUGCAUAGGCGCAUCGGUGGACGAUGCAACACCGACAACAUGAAGGUUGUUUUCAAGGUUUGCUGCAGCAACGACACCUCCUCCUCGUCUGCCACGUCUCGCAACAAUUCCGUACCCGUGACCAGCAGCACCGUACCCAGCAGCAGCUCAACGAGCACCGCAGUUUUGGGCGGAGGAGCAAGUGGUAUGAUGCCACCACCACAGUCACCGAGCGUCCUCAAAGGUGGAGAACGAUUCUACCCGGGAGGCAACAUUCAUCAUCAUCGCGAUCAUCAUCAACCGGCUACGGUGAUGCCGACCCACGUUCCCCCUUCAGCGUUGUACCCUGUACAUCCGCAUCAGCCACAGCCUCCGAUUCACAAUGGACCUCCGUCUGUCUCCUCGCCGCCAAAGACCUCGAUUGGACAGAAGAAAAAGAACAAGGAAUACUCCGAUCAUCCUAACGAGGUAGUGAAGAACGAAGAAUUAACGUACAACGGUGCGACGUCGUACGGUUUAGAGCAGGUCCUGUUUCUGAUGGUCUCCAGCCUUCUGAUAAGUGUUUUCGUUCCGCAAUUGUUGCGGUGAAGCGACGACACUGCCAACGAAGAGCGUAUCCCAUGCGUCGAACCCCUUCUUCUGUGAUUAUCCUACGUUUAAUUAAUUUCCUGAGGCACGCAGCGCUACUACUGUCGUGCGCUGUAGCCCCUCGAUCGUGGGACGCGCGCAGAUCAACCAUUGCUCGUCGGUUGCGAGCAAAUACUCUGAGAUCGGAAUGCUGAGAUUGAAGAAAAAGAUAUAUAUAUCUAUUAAAUAAAGGUAGAAAUAUAUAUAUAUGCGAACGGACCUAAGAAGAUUACUAUUGUCCGAAUAAGAAACUCGCGGCAAAGCCAUAUUAACUACUAAUGAAAAGGAAAGACAAACGGGAUGGCGUAUUAAUGUCAUGAUAGUCGAACAAGACGACAACAACGAGAAAGAAAGAGAAGAAGAUGAAUAAGAAAGAAAGAAAGAAGAAAAAGAUGAAGAAAAAAUGCUGAAAAAUAUAAUGAAGAAGAAGAAGAACGUGGAGAAACGCUGCUACUAGAUACUAUUAUAGUACGCCCACUAUUAUCACUACUAUAAAUGGUAGUCGUAUUGGUUGUCCUUCUUAUCGUUACGCUAAUUCUAGGUAUUUAUUCGAAAAAUACAAGAGAGCGUGGAAAAUAAGUGCGAGUGUAUGAAAGUAAAUGCCGAACGAACGAACGAACGAACGAACGAACGAAAGAACGAACGCGUGAGAAAAAUAUGUGUGCGAGAGUAAUGCGUGUUUAAAUAUCUUCGAAGCGAAUAACGUUUUUAACACGCGUACGGAGAGGGUCGAAUCUAUCCUGAAAUAACGAACAAAUCUUCGUGAAAUCAACGGAAGAUAAGACUCGGAACGAUUAAACUUGACGGAAACAAUGAUAUUAUCUAAUCAUCGUCGAUAAACUAAUGUUCGUUUUAAUUGAUAAAUCGUUCUAGUUCAUCUUACCGUUUGAAUUUUCUUAAAAGCGCGUAAUCGUGCAUUCGUCUAACCAGGAUAAUUAGCACGCCUGUAAAUAAAUUCCUAAUGAAUAUGUACAAGUGAAUCCUUGUAAGCUUAUAUUCGAGCUGCAAGGAGAUUUAGGAGAGUGCCGUAUACUAGACGAAUCUUAUAUAUGACGCACGAGUGAGCGAGAAAGAGAUAAAGAUAACGGCGUAACCAUUAACGAGAACAUAAAGCAUACAUUUGCGAAAUAAAUACGAUUAAAACGUGAGAUAAAAAUCUAUCGUUGAUAUUGACUAUUUCGCAAAUUCAAGGGACAACGUUUCUAACGAGUUUAUCUUGAUCCUACGCGCCGAUUUUAAUUUGACGAAUCGACGAUUAUCAACUAUCUCUUCUCGUCUCGAUCGUUGCAAAAAAGUAUAUAUUAUCCGUGGAUGCAAGAAAGAAAGAGAGAGAGAAAGAAAGAGAGAGAGAGAGUGAGAGAGAGAGAGAGAGAGAGUAUGUUUGCGUAUUCAAGAGCCGAUAAAAAUAUUCUCUAUGAAUGCGUGAUGAUAGCGAGAAUGUGAAAAUUUGUAUAAUACCUGUACCAUACCGAACUCUAUCUAUAGAUCUGUAUUAUAUUUAUUAUCCGCUAUUAUAUUACACUACGAAUAUUCAAUCGAUAUUCUAUAUUUACUAGUAAAAUAUCAAAUUUAAUAGCGAAUAAAUUGCGUAUCGACGUGGUGGGAGACAAAGGGAAACAGAGAAAAAAAGACAGAAAAAGAAGGCUUAUGAGAAAGGAGAACAACGAUGAAGAAGAAGAAGAAGAAGAAAAAGAAAAAGAAAAAGACUCGAGGCCUCUUAUUCUCUAAAUACGGCUAAAAACUCUUAUCGCAUUUGUUGAUUUUUUCCACUAUCCAUUAUUAUAUCGGGUUUAUAAAUAUUAAUGCAUUUAACUCUGAUUGGUGCGAAUGAAAAACGAUUGGCCGUGCGAUCAUCUUCUUUAAUAUUUUUUUGUUUUCUUUGUAUCUUGCAUCAUACUUAUGAUCUAUUUCUAUUUGUUAUUUUUCUAAUUUUAUUUAUUGUCCGUCGUUCAAUCGUAUCAUGCCACGUUGUUACACGUAUAUACAUUCGUCAUAUACACGACACGCGACACACAGACAUAAGUAAAACACACAUUAUUAAACACACUUGAUUAAGCGUAUAUUUUCGCGAAGAGAAAUUCGCGAAAAUAUUCGAGUAUGCAAGAGAAUAAUAAGUGCGAACGAUUGUUCCGUUACGCCAUUGGCCAUUGAAAGAUAAUUAGAUCUAAUGAAUUAUUAUUGUAAAUAUGUGUAUGCGAAAAAAUAUCGUAUGAUAAUGAUGAUAAGAUGAUGCUACUGACAUUGGAAAAAAGAGGGAAAUUUGUGAAAGAUACGAAAAUGAACGAAAGAGAGAGAGAGAAAGAGACAAAGAGAGAGAGAGAGAACAAGAUACCCUUUUUAUUCCGAAUCGUAGAUAAAAAAAAUGAUAGAGGAUCCUUAAAAUGCAUAGGCUGCUCGAUCGACCAAUCGUUUUCGUCUUUCGUCAAACGAAUCGUCGUCCUUCCUGCACCGACCUUGACAUGAACGAAAACAGAAAUGAAUAUAAGAUCGGCCGAAAGCGAAAUAAGAAAAAUACUAAAACGCGUGUUUAAUGUUAUCCACUACAGUAUUGUUAAGCCUAAGUAUUACAUGCCUACAAUCCAUGUCUGUUUGUCUGUCUGUCUGUCUGAUCGCGUGUCUGUUUACCGUUUGUAUACUUUUUCCUCAUACGUUAUUAAUCGCAAUAGCAUAUCACAAUGAAUAUUACAAUGAUGACGUUUUACGUAUAGCAAGAGGAAACGUUUCUUUUUUUUUUUUUAUUUUCUUUCUUAUAUUAUCGAUUGUAUAAAAAUUCGUUAAAUGUGUUUUUAGUUUAUCACACGUAACUCCGUUUAUUUUCUAUUUUAAUUUGAAAAUCACGGAUGUUUUUCAUUUCAAGUGGAAAUAAGUGGUACGUUUUUGCAACGACUAACAGUAAAUCAAAGACCGCAACCAAGAACCUCAAAGACAAUCACUCACACAUUGUAAAUUAUCCGAAGCUUUCUCUCAAAGUAGAUCGAUCGUAAACGUCAGAAUCCUGUAGGUAAUCAACUUACGUCCGAAAUAGAAGAAUUUCACGCAGAUGUAUGUAAAUACGAAACGUUCUUAUUAUACAUACGUUUGGUUAACGGUCCCGUGUCGUUCAAAAACGUACAAAACUCUACUAUUGCAUUUUCACGAUCGGUAUUAUAAUUGAUUUAUCAUUUUCCUUACUUUUAUUCAUUGUGUAAACUUGAAAUCGUGAAAGAAGCAUCAUUGAAAAAGCGUCCCUCUUUGCUAGUUUCGUAAACGAAUUCAUCGUAUCCACAAUUGAUAACAUACUCACACUUCAGCGCCAAUAAAGCGAUACAACAAACGUACAUAGAUCCACGUGAAUGGUAUUCAUUCAUACUGAUGAUAGGUGAAUACAGUAUAACAAUAAUAUAGAAACGAGCUAUCGAUAGAAAAUAGACAAGGUCACUCACUGCA